AUGAAAGGAAAACCUUUUCAGUUAAGAUUUUUUACCUUUCAGCUCAUUCACAAUAUUGAUACAAAUACUCAUGAUAUAUGGCAAAUUUUGAAAUAUCAUGAAGCAUUUUAUGAGAGUUUAGAAUGUGAUAAAGGAGAUAACAAUGUUGUGAAGGUCAUAAAGUUUUACAACUCAGAAGAAUUUCAUAUUUUCCUUCAAGCUAAGGAUAAAAAUUUGCCAUUGAAGCUUAUAAAGUUAUCAAAAGAAGAGCACUUGAAUAAUUUAUAA